UCCCCACCCGUCAUCCACGCACGCGUUAAGUUGCGGUCAGUCGCCGCUGUUUUCGUGCGGCUGUGCGUGUCUCGAGGCGUUUCCUGGUGCGCUACUUCUCUCAGAUUCGUCUCCCCCGAUGGCGUCCCCCGAGUCGAAAUCGCCCGAGCAGUCCGAGAAGAACCGAAAGUACGAUCGCCAAUUGAGAUUGUGGGGUGACCAUGGUCAAGCGAAUCUGGAGGCUGCUCAUGUCUGUCUGAUAAACGCCACCGGACUCGGCACGGAGGUGCUGAAGUCGCUAGUGCUUCCAGGCAUAGGAGCGUUCACCAUAGUCGACGGCAAGAAGGUCACCGGCGAGGACAUCGAAGCUAACUUCUUUCUAGAACCGGACAGCGUUGGAAAGUCCAGGGCGCAAGUGGCCACUCAACUGCUCUUGGAGCUGAAUCCAGACGUGACCGGCGAUUACAUCGACGAGGAGCCUGAACAGAUCUUAUCCAACAGCCCGGACUUUUUCAACAACUUCACCGUGGUAGUGGUGACCGCACUGACCGAAAAAACGCUGAUUCUCCUGUCGAAAAGACUCUGGGAACUGAAUAUUCCUCUGGUAGUGUGUAGGAGCUUAGGGUUUAUCGCGUAUAUGCGAAUUCAAGUGAACGAGCUCUCGGUUAUAGAGACCCAUCCGGAUAAUGAAACGUCAGAUUUGCGACUAGACAGACCGUUUGAUGGCUUGAAGAAGCACGUAGAUUCCAUAAAUCUAGAUGAAAUGAGCUUUAAGGAUCAUUGCCACGUACCGUACCUAAUUAUCCUGUACAAAUACUUAGAAAAGUGGAUUUCGGUGCACGGCGCUCUGCCGAAAACUUACAAGGAGAAGCAGCAGCUCGUGAAAAUGAUAAAGAGUGGCAUGAGACGCGACGAGCACGACUCGUCUAAUAGCGAGGAGAACUUCGAAGAAGCUAUGAAGGCUGUAAAUAAAUGUAUAAAAGCGAGCGAUAUUCCCGAUAGCGUUAUAAAUAUCUUGAACGACGAUCGUUGCGUCAACUUGACAGCGAAGAGCAGCUCCUUCUGGAUAAUCGCGAAAGCAGUGCGCGAUUUCAUUGAUAACGAAGGCCAAGGAUUACUACCACUUAGGGGCACCAUACCCGACAUGACUGCGGACACUGAAAAAUACAUUGCGCUCCAACAAAUUUACCAUAAACAAGCAUCGGCAGACGCGGAAGCCGUAUGGAGGCGCACGUUGCAAUUGCUGCGUCAACUGGGAAGAUCGUCGGAUUCAAUCACGGAAAAGGAUGUCAAGCUAUUUUGCAGGCAUGCGUCUAACAUCUAUGUAGAAAAAGGCAGCUGUAUCGCAGACGAGUACGAUCCUAAAGUUUUCGAUACUAAUAUCAUAGUUCAAAAUUUAGAAAAUCCAGAGAGUAUGAUGAUUUAUUAUGUCAUGCUCCGUGGAGUAGAUAAAUUUCAGGCGGAGUACAAUUCGUAUCCCGGCGAAUUUGACGAUCAAGUGGAGCCCGAUAUCGUGAAGCUUAAGACAUGCCUUACGAAACUGUUGAGCGAAUGGGGAUGCGGCCCGUUAGCCAAAGACGAUUACGUGCACGAGCUCUGCCGAUUCGGCGGCGCGGAAUUGCAUUCCGUUUCGGCAUUUCUGGGCGGGCUUGCGGCGCAAGAAGCCAUCAAGCUGGUCACGAACCAGUAUAAGCCCGUUCACAAUACCUUCAUCUAUGACGCCGCCACAUCGUACUCUGGAACGUUCUCCUUUUGAAAUCGUGAAUUGUUACGUGAUCUAUGCUAAUUAAAAUGAUAAUACGAUCUUAUAAUUAAUUCGCGAGUUCUUCAGUCGUUUCGAAUCAAGAUGGGUGGUUUUAGUGAAUAUUAACCGCCGUCUCGUCCAUUAUUCAACUUGUUAUCCUUCAUGCGAUUCUAAAACUGCGAUUUUACGCCAAAAUUUGGUCAUUCCAAAAA